AUGGAAAAGGUAAAGCGUGAUUCUUUGUCUAUUGACAGAAUAUCAAAUUUGCCAAAGGACAUCUUGCAUAGAAUUUUGUUUCUCCUCUCUCAAGAAGAUCUCUUGUCCAAAUCAUGGCGCUACAUCUGGUGCACUCGUCCCAAUCUUGAUUUUUCCGACAUCGAAUUCAACGGUAACAAACAAGAUUUUCCCUCAACCGUGGACAAAACUUUACAACAAUACUACGAUCAAGGUUUGUCCUUGGAGAAAUUUCGCCUUUACUUAUCGCUGCUAGGCAAAGAUUAUUCGUAUCACGAAUCGGUUUUGCUUCUUCACAAAUGGAUCCCAUUACUCAAAGCUAUGGGCGUGAAGGAGUUUUGUCUUUCUAUUCUUUUCGAUCAUACUUCUGGAAUUACCGAUAUGCCAUCGGUGGUCUUUAAAGCCGAAUCGCUCGAACUUUUGCAUCUGAAUAGGUGCAAUUUGGGCCAGAAUAUUCCCGAGAAUAUACCCUUUGUGCGUCUACGAGUACUUCGCCUCAGCAACGUCUCGGUCGAGAACGAGGUUUUCGAAAAGAUAAUCUCAAGCUGUCCUUUGCUUACAACUAUGUCGUUGGACGGGUGCAAGGGGUUGAAAACGAUCAAGCUGGAAAAGAAGAUUCACAAGCAUCUCAAGCACUUCACUUUUAUUAAUUUAAUGAAUCGCACAGCAGAAAAAUGCAACAUAGAAAUCGACAUCCCGACUCUUGAAACGAUCGAGAUUAUGGGCAGUAAGAUUAGGUGUAGCAUGCGUAAUUUGAGUAUUCUAAAGACUUUGUCUCUAGGCAGUGUCGAACAAUCUCCGCUAUGUAUUGAUGCCCAAAACAUACAAAGUUGCAUGUUGUUGACUUAG